UCUGAGAGAAUAUGCCUCGAUCGUGUUCGUGUUUCUAGGGCAACAAUGCGCGCCGGGCAUGGAGCGCUCAAUCGGCUCCAGCGCUUCCUCCUCAGCCGCGAGCGCUUCUUCCCACAUUCCCGAUUCCUAGCACCAGCGCCAGCGCUGGAGCCCGGAAUCUCGCCCAGGGUUUCGUGCUUCUCCUUCUCCACGGCUUCCAAUCCGAUAAACUCGCCUCCAGCGCCAUCGCAGGAGCAAGGCGGGCGAGAGGAGCCCCCACGGCGGCCGCCAUCACCGGCGUCGUGGAUCCGCGCCAAACUCACGGACCUGGGCCGUGAUCUCAAGCUGGUGCCGCCGCUGGCCAGAUCCCUGGGCCUCGCCGGCGCCAUCCCCUUCGUCGCGCUCUCGCCCCCGAUCGCCUACGUCCUCCCGCUGCCCGAGCUCCUCUCCUCGAUCCACGCCGCGGACGCCCAGGCCGCCUAUGGAGCGCUCAUCCUCUCCUUCCUCGGGGGGCCUCACUGGGGGGUGGCCAUGGCCAGCCCCGAGUCGAGCAGCCCCGUGAGCUUCUCGGGUUACACCAUCGCCACGGUGAGGUACGUGUGGGGCGUGACGCCGUGCUUGCUGGGAUGGUUUGCGAUGCUCCUCCCUCGAUCGUCGGGGCUGGCGGUGCUGGUUUCUUCCUUCCUCCUGGCGCUCGCGGUGGACUGGGCUAUGGCGGCGAGGGGAUUGCUGCCCGGGUGGUACUUGCCGCUCCGGAUGCUCCUCACUGGGAUCGCGGUGAUGAGCCUGGGAUCGACGCUGCUGCUGCUGCUCGCCAAGGAUUUGCCGCGCAGGGUGGAAUCCAAGAUCGAGGCGGCCAGGAAGGAGCGUUGAAUUGGAGGUAGCCUAGCUUGUGUUUCUUAUGCCCAAGUUGUCUAUAGUCAUGUAGUAUGCCAUAUGCCCAAGACUGGCAUCUGUGGAAAACCCUGGUUUUUGCAGUGUAUCACCGGCAUUUUGAGAAUGAUCUUGCGUUACGUUC